AUGUUCAGGCGCACCGGAGACCAGGUCCAGUUGAAGAACGCCGCGAUGGUCGAGCCCGGGACGAGCACUUCCUACAGCAGCAGCAGUAGCAGCAGUUCGAGCUCCUCAGGCUCGGACAUGGACGCUUUCGGCGGCCACAGGCGCAUCACACGGCCGGCGAGGCGGCCCGGCUUUCAGCGCCUCGAGUUGCACGAGUUGUACGAAGUGCGACAGAUGCAGGCUGCGGCGCGCCGGGCUGCCGAUGCUGAGGCUCGGGGUGACGGCGCCGGCAACGCGCUGGACCCUCUAGCCCUCCCUGAGCCGGCGCUCAUGAACCAGGAACGCAACGGCGCCGAAGUAGUUGUUCGACCAGGGAACUGGUACAUGAACCAGAGAUUCCAGGCAGCGCUUUCUACCACGGCCAUCCUCUGCAGCGUUGCUCUUCUGGUUUAUCUUGGCUCGACUCUAUGGAUUCGCAUCAAGUACCGCGACCUCCUCCGCGCCAGCACCCGGAAGGCUUACGCGGAACAUGCAGACCUUCCCCUGUUUUCCGGCUGCGACGAAAUGGCAUGCCAACUCUACAUGGCUGCUAUAAGAAGUUCCAUCAACAAGUCUCAAGACCCUUGCCAAAAUUUCUACGGGUUUGUCUGCGACGGCUGGAAGCACCAACACCGUCUUCUCUCUGUUGUGGACGCGGCUCAAGAUACGAUGUACAAACGUGCGCUCACUGCUAUCAAGCGGGUUUCCCAGGACAGCCACAACCAGGCUAAAACCGCUUCGUCUGCGAUGAGCGUCGAGAAGAAGGUAGCCGCCCUAGCCAAGUCCUGUAUGGAACUUUCGGAGAGCAGCCUGGAAGAUCUGAAAAGGUUCAUGUUCGAGCGUCACCUGCCAUGGCCCGAAAGAUCUCGCUGGGACCCACUAGCGAUUCUGCUAGACCUGUCCGGAAACUGGAACGUUCAUCUCUGGUUUCAAGUCAACAUCAGACUGUCUCCAUUCCGGGUCGGUAGCACCGAGCCGGUGCUGAAAAUUGUUCCCAGCGCCGCCUUUCGCUCGUGGAUGGCAACUAUGCGUGCAUUCGCCGGCCAUCCAACGGGGUCGACGCCAUCGCUUCACUACCGGAGGUAUGUUCGCAAGAUGCUGCGCCUGUUCGGCGGGUCAGAGUCGGCCUCUCGCGAAAUCGUCUCCACCAUCGAGGCAAUGAACAAGCUCACGCUAGAAACGCUGGGACCUGCCAUGAACGUGCCUGAACCGAGAAUCGUGCGGAUGUCAAUCCGCAACCUUACUGAGACGGGGACUCUCCGCAUUGCAACCGGUCGCAUGGUACUCCUCUUCAAUGAGCUCUUCAUGUGGGCACGACGCUUCUCGGCCAGCGACAUGGUUCAAGUGGAAAACCUGGGUCUGCUGCGGUCCGUCGUCUACAUUCUGGGACUCGAAGCCGAGACGCAAGAGGCGUUAACACUGAGCCUGGGACUUCGUGUCGCCCACGAGCUGGGCUGGAUGGCCCACAGAGGAAUAGCGGACGUCACGCUCGAGCUCGCAGGCCUGCCUCGGUCGGCUCACACGCGCCGCUGCCUUGUCCAGAUCGAAAGUACCGUGGGUGUUGGGUGGCUCAGUCUGUUUCCCAAGCACGAGGAGACCGAGUCUUUCGUUCGAGACGUGAGAGACGUUCUCAUUGAUGCCGUGGCGCGUCGAAGUAAGGCGUUUCUUCAGCUCCGUGCCCAUAGCACCAGUAUACCGUGGAACAGUGACAGCUUCCUGGCCAGCGUGCUGCCAGAACCGUCACGCCGAGCUCGCUUUUUCAUCGACUGGUUGAAUCUGAUGGUCGGGCGCUGGCGGCUACAGGAGCAAGACAUCACGAAUGUUCUCAAGCCGGGCUCCUUGCUCAGCCAUCGAUGGAGUUUCCAAGGCGCACUCACGGUCGCGGAGGACUACUUUGUCUUUCCUUUCUACCACUCGGACCUGCCGCCAGCUGUCAACUACGGCGGCGCUGGCCGCCUCAUUGCUGACGAAGUGCUCAGGGGUUUGUUUCACGAGCUAGCGUACAACCAAAGCCAAAAUCGGAACAACCAAGGCCGCACGGGCUUCAUUCAACAUUCGAACUACACCCUGUCGCCGGAUUGGCCCCCGUACCACGUGGAUACCAAGGCUCUUCUGGCCGCCCUGUCAGCAUAUAGGCUAGCCGUCGUGCAAGACUUGAGCAGUGCGUACGCCAGACUGUCGAGCCUCGCUCAAGACAGACUGUUUUUUGUGUCAUCGUGCUACACACUGUGCUCUAGCAGCCACUACGUGGACCCGUUGUACGGGGACGCGAGGCGCCGUUGCAACGAACCUGUUAAGCAGCUGUCAGAGUUUGCAGCAGCCUUCCGGUGCAAGGCGCCUUUCCCCAAGCUCUAG